AUAUCUAAAAGUGUAUUCAGUGUCAUGUCAUUCAAAAUUUUUUAAAAAGUGGCACACUAUACAUGGUUAGGUCCAGAAAAUAAAAUUUUGGUCGUGAGUCCAUUUCCGAUGGAAUGGAGAGGAUCCUAUUUCUUGCAAAAUACUCUGUAUCUAAUUUUGAUAAAAUCAUGUGCUUCACUAGAUGAGAUAUCCUAUCUUGCAUUCUGCAAGAAUCUGGAGGAUAACAAGUUGCAGGGUACCCUUCCGCAGUCUUUGAACAAAGAAAGUUUGGAAAUUAGAACAUCAGGAAAUUUGUGCCUUUCGUUCUCCACAAUGACAUGCAAUGAUGUUUCAUCCAACCCUUCAAUUGAGACACCACAAGUUACUAUUUUCACCCAAAAAAAGCAGCGUGGACAUAAUCAUAUAGCAAUUAUAGCUGGUGCAGCUGGUGGAGCAGUACUUGCUCUUAUCAUAUCUCUUGCAGUAUUCCUGUACAUAAAGAAAAAUAGAAGUGAAGUUACAUAUACAUCAACAGCAGAGAUGCAAAACUGGAAUUUAGCAAUUGAGAUGCGAAACUGGGAUGCAGCAAAAGUCUUUUCCUACAAAGAAAUCAAAGCAGCUACGAACAACUUCAAGGAGGUCAUAGGCCGUGGUAGUUUUCAAGAUGGAAAAUUAGUAGCUGUGAAAGUGAGGUUUGAUAAAAGCCAACUUGGGGCUGAUUCUUUUAUCAAUAAGGUCUAUCUAUUGUCACAAAUUCGUCAUCAAAAUCUUGUAUGUUUGGAAGGAUUCUGUCAUGAAUCAGAGCAGCAACUACUAGUCUAUGAGUAUCUACCUGGGGGAUCAUUGUCUGAUCACCUUUAUGGUAUAAACAGUAAAAAAGCUUCGUUAAGUUGGGUUCGCAGACUGAAAAUUUCUGUUCAUUCUGCAAAAGGUACGUUGCUUUUUCUAUUAUCAAACUGAAAAGACAACAUAGGAAAGCAAUCGUCUUUGCAGAUGGAAGAAACAUGAAAGUCUGAGUUUCUAUAGUUAUAUGAUAAAUUAGAAUAUAAUAAUUUCUGGAUCUACAUAUGAAAUAAUAUUGCUUUAACUGAUAGAGAUAUGUUGAACACAAAAAUGCUCAGACCAUAUAGUCAAAUUGUACUUUAUAGCAGUCGUGUAGUUCUGCAUUAUGAACAGAUAUGUGGGCAACUAUAUUAUGGUUUGUAGGACAACUUUGUGCUUCUUUGGAUCACUUAUGCAAUAUCCUUCAUCAUUUACAUAGUAA